UACUACUUAGUGAAUGAUGAUGCUGACAAAAUGAAUAUUGCGUAUACGAAAGUUCAAAAACUAUCUGUAAAUGGAAAGCAUCUAAAUGUCCGGAGUGCCAUUGAAAUAUACAGCUUUGUUUAUAAUUUAUUUCGUUCAUUCUACCAAUGUGCGCCAUUUACCUGUGUGGCAGAUGUUAAAAGUGAAGAAGGCAAAGCAGAAAAAAAAGAAGCACGCAUUAAAAGUAUUUUUCAGUCCCACUGUCCGUACAUACCAAAGAGUGGCGUCUUCAGACUGCGUGGAAAAAGAGCAAUUGUAAAGCCAACUCUCGGAAAAUACAACCUGUAUGAGACUAUAAGCUUGACUAGCGAUGGCUCCAACUCAAUGGUCAUAGAACAACAAAAUCCACUAUUUUUAAAUGUAGCAUAUCAAUGCUCCAAAGAACACUAUCAUGUGCAGCUAGUUGAUAACACCCGUCAUACCGUAAAACUCAUUCCUAUUCCAUAUCCUCCCUAUUGUAAAAAUUACAGUUCUAAAGAUGGAUCUAUACAAAGGAAAACUCAUUCAAUUCGAUAUAUAGUAAACUACCUAAAAUCUAUACUGAAGUCAACCUAUCCAGAGAAGAGUUCAGAUUUUAGUGUCUACCCAUUUGAUUAUAGCAGACAUAAUGGAAAAUGGGCAUUAAUAGAUGAGAAAUUCACUCGGCAUAGGGUGAAAGAAUUAGAUAAAUCUCUAGAUGAAAUGAAUGCCAUUGGAUGUGAUGUAGUCUUCUACUACUUUGAAGAUUGUCUACCCCAAAAUCAUUUUAGAUGUAUAGAUUUCCAAAUCUCAGUUAACCCGAACUUCAAAACCCUCCGAAUUCCUUUAUUCCUUACAAACUUUAUGCUGACGAGUACUAUAAUUUCCCCGUAUAUGUGGAUUUGUGAAACAUAUAUUCAAACCGAAAAAAUUUGUAAUAAUCCCAAUGCGAAAAAAAGGAUUGAACCUACUAAAAUGAUCAUCGAUACAGCUGCAACCAGCCAGAACUCAUCUGCCAUAUUACAAAGUAAGAAUGAACCUCAACCAAAAAGAAGCUACAUUAAUUACUACUACAGUGACUUUUUGGUUCAAGGUAUAUAUGACUACAGAUUUUGCAGAGAAGAAUGCUUUAGUAUUCUUGCCAUAGACAAUAAUAUAAUUACCCGUCUACUAUCUACAGACUGGUAUACACAGAUAAAGAAAAGCGUACGCGAGUAUACAAACUACUGUUUUAGUAUAAGUACAGCUCAGAAACUUCUGAGAGAAAGUCUGCUGCGAGACAAAAAAGAGGUAGCUCCAACACUUCUGGAUAUAUUGCAGCGCGAGAAUUUAUCUGGUGACAAAGUCACAUACGGUUUGUGCAUCUAUCAUAGAUUUUUAGAUGGCAAGGAAGUUGCUGCUCCAAUUAUGUGCGAGAAAAUGCGAAGGCUUUUGAGCGAGAACAUUGAUGAUGACCUUAAGUCCAAGCAUGCAAAUUGGGAAAGUGAUAUUCUUCCUCCACGCAUUGAUAUUGAAGACAUAAAAGAGAGUACUUCUGUCUUUAUCACAGUAAAAGCCUUUAACUACACACAGGCAAAUCUUGGAAUACACUAUGACAUGCUAGCUGCUCUCUUCCAUAACAACAAUAAAUCCACACCAGCAACAAAAAGAAAACCGAAAUCAGCACUAACACCAGAACUAGCACCAUUGCUAUCACCAGAACCAAAAUCAGCACGAAACCCACCAUCAAAUGUUGCUACUAGAAAGUCUUAUAGAACGAUUAGAGCUAGAGUUAUUUACACCAAGUAG